UCAAGCGUCAUAUGCAGCCGGAGUAUCAAAUAACGCGCCAAAUAGAAUUCUCCUCUUCAUCCUGUGGAGAGAGAAAAGCAGAGACAGGUGAAAAUGGCUUCCAAGAUCGCCAAAUCCAAGUCGGGAUGGCUGAAUCUGGAAAGCUUUAAAACAACUUUCCUAAUCUUGAUUUUGGCAGCGACCCAUCUCUGCAAAUCCAAUGCAUCAUCAUCAUCAUCAUCAAUGCAUACCAACAACUGGGCCGUCUUGGUUUGCACCUCUCGCUUCUGGUUUAACUAUCGGCACAUGGCCAAUACAUUGUCCUUGUACAGGACAGUAAAACGGCUUGGAAUUCCUGAUGAAAGGAUAAUACUUAUGUUGGCAGACGAUAUGGCUUGCAAUGCUAGGAACAAUUACCCUGCCCAGGUUUUCAACAAUGAAAAUCAUCGGCUGAACUUAUAUGGGGAUAAUGUUGAGGUUGAUUAUCGAGGUUAUGAAGUGACAGUCGAAAAUUUUUUGCGGGUUUUGACUGGUCGCCAUGAGACUGCUGUUCCGAGAUCGAAGCGUCUUUUAAGUGAUGAAGGAAGCCACAUCCUUCUAUACAUGACUGGGCAUGGAGGAGAUGAAUUUCUAAAAUUCCAGGACAAUGAAGAGCUUCAAAGUCGCGAUUUAGCUGAUGUUGUGAAGCAAAUGAAAGAGAAGCGUAGAUUCAAGGAGCUGCUGAUAAUGGUAGACACUUGUCAAGCUGCUACUCUCUUUUCCCAGCUUCCUUCUCCGGGGGUUUUGGCCAUUGGGAGUAGUAUGAAAGGACAAAAUUCAUACUCUCAUCAUCUUGACUCUGAUGUCGGUGUCUCUGUUGUUGAUCGUUUCACUUUCUACACCCUUGCCUUCUUUGAGCAGCUGAAUAUGUAUGACAAUGCCUCACUGAGCAGUCUUUUCAAUUCGUACAAUCCAAGCAUGUUGAUGUCAAGUGCAUAUUACCGAACAGAUCUAUAUCCACGACCUUUGGACAAGGUUCCUGUCACAAACUUUUUUGGGUCAGUCAUGGAAACGAUUCACACGGACUCAUUUUAUACAGGCUUCUCAGGCAAAGAUCCCAAAAUAUCACCAAUGAAGAUGCCGUCAGAUCCCACAGCUAUCAUGACCGAGUGAAGAACAUUGACUAGCACAACUGAUGACAAAUUAAGUAAGCUGAUCACAGAGGAGCAUUGCAUUGUUCACCAUAUAUGGAAGUUUUUGGAGAAAGAGUUGAAGAAGGUUGACGACGUUGACACCUUUGUGCAGUAUGGUUUGGCGGCAAUGGUCGUAAUGGUCACAGUUUCCACUUGGCUAUCACGGUAAGCAUACGAGGCUAUGCGUGUGUGAAGGAAACAUGCAUGUUUGUAUAUCACCAUAUCAUCUGAGCAGCUGGGGUCUUUGAUUACGGUUUAUCUUCUUUUAACCCUCUCAAAUGUGGUAGUAGUAAAAGCCAGAAGGUCCCAAAGACCCCUUUCAAGUUGGCAGCAAACUGGAAAGAAGAGUGAAAAAACAGUGUCCAUUUGACCUUUGAUGAGUGGAUGUAAACCAAAACACAAACUGCAGUAUACAUGCUUCCUCCCAUCCACAAGUGAUGGUCCUGUCCUGUAAGUAGUGCUAAACAUGUCUGAGAUGAAAAUGGCUCCUGCCAGUGGAUGGGAUGGGCAGGCAGCAUUUUUUUGUUGUACAUCUAAACUCGCCCUUCUGUAGUAGUUUUGAGGAUGUUUUUGCUCUUGCUCUUAA